CGGGCCCAGCCUGGCUGUUGAGGAGGUCUGGGCGGCGGCGGGAAGGGCAGGAAUGGGUUGGAAGUGGAGUCUCUCCCUGGACCUGACGACAACCAGCAUCAUGCAGUUACUAACUGCUCUUCCCUCACCUAUUGAUGCCUCCCAGGAAAAAACGCCGCCAAAUUUCCCAGAAACCCCAGCUGCUAUUCUACCAACAACCACUGGAGGGCCCCAAACACUGCUAUGAGUCUCCCCAGCUUCCUAUCACCCACACUAGACAGGUGCCCAGCAAGCCCGUUGACCACAGCACCAUCACUUCCUGGGUAUCACCUCAGUUUGAUACAACAGCAGAAAGCUGGUUCCCAGUCAACCGGAAGCGUCAUCACCGAGACCAGGCAAGGCGUUCAAGUCGAAAAUCUACCAGCUCCAAGUUUCCACACCUAACAUUUGAGAGUCCACAGUCUUCUGCCAGCUCAGCCAGACCUGGGAUCCCCCUAAUCAGGGACUGCCCCAGUCAACCAGAAAAGGACAUUUCUGGAAGGCCCUUGGUUCCCAUGCUCAGCCCCCAAAGCUGCGGGGAGCUGUCAGCACAUGCACUUCAGAACUUCCCUUAUGUGUUCAUUCCACCGGAUAUCCAGAGCCCAGAGUCCUCAGGGCAGGGAGGGCGCAUUCCCUCGGAGCAGAGGGAAAACAGCCUUCCCAGCUGCUCCUUUCACACGAGCACGCCCGAGAGCCCAGAGCCCGGGCCUGUUCUGGCUAAAGACACUCCUGAGGACAAGUACGGGAUAAAGGUCACGUGGAGGAGGCGACGACACCUGUUCACUUACCUCAGGGAGAGGGGGAAGCUGAGCAGAAGCCAGUUCCUUGUGAAAAACUGACUGGGUUUCUCGGACAUCCGUGGUCUCAAGAAAUUGAUUGCUGGAGUCAAAAGGGAAUUGAAUUCCCAGAUUUGCUUUUUAAAAUAUCUUGUGUCAUAAACAGUUUUUAGUGUCAUCAACAGUUCACUUCGUAUUUUCCUUGUA